UGUUCCCAUUACAUGCCCAUAUCCAGCAUAGCUCUAAUAUCCCGAGAUGGUGAUGGUGCGCUAUCAGUCCUGGCCAGCCCUCAGUCUUUUCUCAAUUAAAAGUCAUGUUACCAAACAGAAACCGUGUCAGAGCUCGGAAGCCACUGGGCAGCACAAGACCAGCCACGCUGUCCGCUGAGCCAGUGCUCAACAAGCCCUCGGCCCAACCAGCCCCGGCAGAAUCCACAUUCCCACCAGCGCAAGGCGGCGAUGCCAGCGAGCAGUACACGUAUGUGACAGACGAGAGCGGCUACACAUGGCUCUACAACACUGUAAGCGGCCAAUACUACUAUUACGACUACACACAGAGCACGUAUCUCCCACAUGCCGAGCCAGCCAAGGAUCAUGAGACUGACGACAAGAAGCCGCGUAGCAAGCGGCGGCGAGUGGUCCGCAUGGCCGGCGGCCAGGUCUGGGAGGACGAGACAUUGGCCGAGUGGCCCGAGGAUGACUACCGCCUGUUUGCCGGCAACCUGGGCCCAGACGUCACAACCGAGAUGCUCGAGCAGGUAUUUGGCAAGUUCCCGACCAUGCAGAGGGCGCUGGUGGUGGUCGAGAAGAAAUCGGGUAAGAGCAAGGGCUACGGCUUCCUGAGCUUUGCCAGCCCCGACGACUUUUUGGCCGCCUGGCGCGAAUUCAACGGCAAGUACGUCGGAAGCCGCCCGAUUAUGCUGCGCAAGAGCACCUGGAAGAAGCGCGACGCUGACAUCCGCAAGGUCAAGCGGUUGGACAAGCGCGCCUUCAUCGAAUUCAAGAGCCGCAGAAAGUAAGAUAGUGGUUUGAUUGCUAAUUACAAUUAAAUAGAGACAAGGAGGAGUUUAGCAGCAUGACU